AUGCUACAAGUAGAAAGUGAAGAAUCUUCUCCAGUCAUAGAUAGUGUGAAUGAUAGUGUAGAAGCCGAUGAAAGCAGAGAAUGGGCAGAACAGGAUGGAUUGUCAGUUGCUGAAAAUACUGUGGUAGAAGUGGAGUCAAUCAUCGAGGAAAUAUUUUUAGGCUCUGAAGACAAAGAUGUUAUGACUGGAGGAUCUGAUCUUUCUCAGAAUGUUGAAGAAAGCCACAACACGAGAGAAAAUGGAAUAGAUAUAGAGCAGCAAUUGAAGAGUCUUGUAGAGGAUAUGGAUGUUAUGUCAUCUAGUUUUGUCCAAGAAAUUGUAACUAUAGAAAAAGUUGAAGAAAAGAUUUCAAUGGCCACUGAAAGUAGUAUGAUAAGACCAGAAUCUGUUACUGAAUUUGAAGAUGAAUUGAUUUAUGUGUUAGGGGAUGAAACUACACCUGAUGCAGAUAAUUUGGUCAAUAUUUCACCAGCUACUAUUGCAAAAGAGCUUGAGAUGACAACCAGCCCAAAGAAUGCAGAGUCUUUGCCAGAAGUACAUGUGGAAAGUAGUAGAUAUUUUCCCUCUAUGGAGGAUAUAGAAAUAACGGAUAUUGUAACAGAUGUCAUUGUGGAGCCAGUUGAACCUUCAUCAGUUAGUCCUGAUGAAAUCCCUCAAGAAUUGCUUUUAAAACCGUAUGGUGUGAACACUGAUAGUAAUGUGCAAGAAAAUAAUACUAUAAAGGACUUGGAACUAAUAGAAAGUAUUUCAGAAGUCACACUUGUGCAAGAAUUGAAAACCGUUUCAGAAAAUAUUACAAAUGUUGAAAUUGUGCAAGAAGUUAACUUAGAUGAGAUUAAAAUUGUUCCAGAAGCUGCUUUUGGUGAAGGAACUGGCAUUAUGGUAGGGUUACUUGAAGAGGGUAUUGAUGUCAUUGUGCCAACAAAGGGAGUUAAAGUCCAGAAUAUUCCAGAAACACAUGAAGAUAUUGAUUUUGAACAGAGAGCACUAGAAAUUGAAUCUGUUAUUUCUGUUGUUGUAUCAGACUCUGCCACUGAAGAUACUAGCAGCAACUCUUGUGAAGAGUCAUAUGCUUUAGAUGCCAUUUCUGAGGAAGUUAUAAUUGAAAACAUGAACAUUGAAGCAGAGGCUAUUCUUCCAGUAGUUUCUGAGUUUUCUGUUGAAGUUUUAGAAUUAGUUGAAGCUGGUGUGGAUCAAGUUCCAAUUGCAUUCGAAACUGUAGUGGAAGAGAUUGUAGAAUCAACAAAAGAUAUUGAAUUGAUGGUAAUUACACCUGGAACUUCUGUUGAAAAGACUGUGGCAUUGACUGGAAUUCUUGUUGAUGAGGCUCCAGUUAAAGAGAUAGUUGAGUCACCAGGUGAUGUUUUUGCUGAGGAGAUUAGAGAAUCAUUUGAAGCUGUGGAGGAGGAAGAUCUAACAACUAAACUUGAAUCUUCAUGUGAAGAGAUGGUUGAAUUAGCUGUAGCUAUUACUGAUGAAGUUGGAGUUACAGUUGACUCUCCUGUCGAAGAGAAUGUAGAAAUAAAUAGAGCCAUUUCUGAAGAGCUUAGGGAGGAAGAGCUUUCUAUUAAACUUACAUCACCCAUAGAAGCUCAGGUUGAAGAGAUUGUCGAGUCUACUGAAGGUAUUACUGUAGAUAUUAUGGAGCCAAUUGAAACUUUAGUUAAAGAAGGAGAGAUGGCUAACAUUUCUAAAGAUUUUGUUGAUGAGCUUGCAGGGGGGAAAAUGGUAAUAGUUAAGCGGGAAGCUCCAGUUGAAGAGAUUGCUGAUUUAGGUGAGGCUAAUACUGAAGAGGUUGAAGUAGUACCCAAUGCAUCUGCUAAGGACUACAUGGAAUCAGUGGGAGGUGUUUCUGAGACAGUGAUUACACCCAACCUUCAAUUUGAAGAGAUAUUUGAAUCAGUUGAAGAUGAUAUUGGCAAGUUUUCAAUUAUAACUGAAACUUCAACCAAAGAGAAUGCAGAAUCAGUCAGUGCUUUUGUUCAGAAGGAAGAGGUAGAAAUUUACUCUGGCAUAUUUGGUGGAGUAGAAUUUUCCGAAAUCGCUAUUGAAGAGGUUUCAGAAAUCCUGGAAUCAUUUGUUGAAGAGAUUGUGGAAUCUACCAUAGAUUUUAUUGAAGAGACGGGAAUUGUACCAGAAGUUCUUGUUGAUGAGCUAGUGGACUUGACUGGAUCCAAUGUUGAAGAAGUUGGAGCUUUAUAUGAAGAGAUAACCGAACCAUCUGAAUAUGUUAUUGAAGUUGCAAGUACAGCUGAAGCUUCUAUUGAUGAUAAUGUGGAAUCAACUAGAGAUGUUGUCAAGGAAGAGGUAGCAUGUGUCUCAGAGUUCAGUGAGGAAAUUGAAGAGCUUGAAGUUGUGAUUGAUGAAGUUGUAGAAUCAGUCCAAGGUAACACUGAAGAAUCAGAAAUUAUACAUGAAGCUUUUGUUGAUGAGGCUGUAGAGUCGACUAGUUCAGUAGUCAAGAAGGAAGCUGGUUUUAAACAUGGAGAUCCAAUUGAAGAGAUAAGUAUACCAUCUGAAGCUGUUGCUGAAGAUGUUGCAAUUGCAAUAGAAACUCCAGUUGAAGGUACUGUUAAAUCAACUGAAGUUAUUACAGAAAAUAUUUAUGCUGCAACUGAAGCUGCUUCUGUUGUUGAGAUAGAAGAAUUUGUAAUUGAACCUGAACCCUUAGUGGAAGAGGUUGCUGAUUUAGCAAUAAGUGAAAGUUCUGCUGAAGAGAUUGUAAAAGUGAUGGGAGAUGCUGUUAUGGAAAUUUCCAUUGAUUUUGAGACUCAUCAUGGAGGGAUCUUGGAUUCUAUGAAAGAUCUUGCUAUUGAAGCUGAAAAGUCUAAGGAAAUUGAGUCAGCUACGGCUGUUGUAGAGAAAGAUGUUCCAGUUUCCUUUAAGCUUCCUGAAGAAAUUAAGGUACCUAGUGCAGUUAUCGAGGAAGUUUUUGAUGAAGAGAUUCCAAUAUUAUCUGAGGCUUCCAUUGAUGAACCUUUGAAAUUAAAUGUUGCUCCUAUUUUGGAGGAAGCGAGGACAAUUCUACUUGAAGUUCCAGGUGAAGAGAUUGUUGCAUCUACUGAAGAGGUUACCAUUACUGUUGAAACUUCAGCUCUGGAGAUUUUGAAAUCACCCGAGCCUCAGGUUGGAGAGAUUGUUGAAUUCCCUCAAGCUGUUACAGAAGAUAUUGCAGUAACAACUAAAGCUUCUGCUGACGAGGUGGUACUUGUAGCUCAAACAUCUUUUGAGGUAAUUGUAGAACCAACUGGAGCAGUUGUUAAUGAAUUAGUUGAAGUUGAACUUAAAGUUCCAAUUGAAAUUAUUAGUGAAGAGGUUGAAACUUCUGAAGAGGUCAUGGAAUUAACUAAAUCUCUUAUUGAAGACCUUGAAAUCGCUGCUGAAGAUUCUGUUGAUACAUAUUUGGAAUCAACUGAUUCUGCUCUUGAGGAUGGAGAAAGUGUGAUUAAAUCUGAUGUUGUAGUUAAAGAAUUUGUAACACCACCUGAAACUAUUACUGAAGUGGUUGCAACUACAAUUGAAUCCACUGCUGAGGAGAUUGUGGAAUCGGCUCAGGUUGUAUUUGAAGAGGCUGCAGAACCAUCUGAAACCUUUAGCAAAAAGGUUGCAAUGGGACUUGGCAGUUCUACUGAAGAGAUUUUAGGAGGAAUUGAAGCUUUUGGGGAGGAAGAAAAGGGGGUUACACUUGAAACCUUUGUUGGAGAGAUUACUGCAUCAACUGAAAGCAUUAUUGAUGAGCCUGUUAAAUCAACUGCCAUCUUUGGUCAAGUGGAACACUUUGCUUUUGUCUCCAAAAUUGUUGGUGAAGACUUUGUAGAAUUAACAGAAACUGUUAUUGAUGGGUUUGCGGUAGUCCUUGAAACUUUUGGUGAAGAAAGUGUGGAACCAACUAGCUAUGGUUUAGAAGAAUUUGAAAUUACACUUGAAGGUUUUGCACAUGAGCUUCUGGACUCACCCAGUUUUGUUGGUGGGGAUUUAGACAGAGCAAUUAAACCUGAAGCUGAGGUUGAAGAAACUGCCGAAUCAUCUGCAGCAGUUACUAAAGAUUUCACUAUUACAGCUGAAGCAUCUGAAGAGUUACUUGAAUUCACUCAACCUGUUGUUGAGGCAGAAGAGGCUGCAAUUAUGGAGGAAGCUGCAAUUGAGGAGGUUGAUAAACCUUCGGAAGCUGUUACUGAAGAGGUUUUGAUUAUCACCAAUACUUCUGUUGAAGUGUUGGAUGAACUUGAGAUUGCAGGAUCAAGUGAAAGUAUUAAUGAAGAAGUUACAUUUACAGUGGAAACCUCUGCUGAAGUGACCAUGGAAUCAACUAGUAGUAGUGUUGAGGUAGAGUUAGAUAUUACCUCAGAGAUUAUUGAUAACGAACUUGUAGAAAUAACAGAUGCCAUUAUUGAUGAGAUUGCUGUAAUCACUGAAGCUUUUGUUGAAGAGAUCAUGGCAUCAGCAAAUGCUAUUGGAGAGAGUGAAAUUACUACUGAUGCUUUGGUGCAGGCAUUUAUGGAAUCAACAGUCUCUGCUGUUGAGGAUGAAAAGAAUGGAGAUAAACUUGAAGCAGUGGUUGAAGAGAGUGUUGAACCCUCAGUAAUGGUCAUUAGAGAUAUUACAGUUACUACCGAAUCCUUUGCCGAGGAGAAUUUGAAAUCAGCUGGACCUGUGGUUGAAGAGGAAGAAUUUGCAGUUUUAAUGAAUGCCCAUGUUGAAGAGGCUAUUGAACCUGAUGAAACUGUUAGUGAAGAUUUUACAAUUACAGUUGAAGUUUCUGCUAAGGAGACUGAGGAGUCAACUGCAGCUGUUGUUGAGGAGGCUUCAUUUUCAUUGAAUAUUCAAACUGAAAUGGUUGUGGAAGCAUCCGAAAAUGAAGCAAUGACUGAAAUUUCAACUGAAGAAAUUGUGGAAGUUGAAACUUAUGCUAAUUUUGAAUCACCAGAGGGUAUUCUGGGAGAAGUUGAACUUAUAACUGAAAUUUCUGCUGAGGAGGUUGUUGAACUGACUGCAAAGAGUUUUGAUGAAGAGUUUGCUAUUACUUCAGGAAUCACUGAUGAUGAAUUUUUCAAUUUUACUGAAGCUAUUAUUGAUGAAGUUGCAGUUGAAGUUGUUGAGCUGUAUGAAGCUGUCAGUGAUAGAGGUGAAACAUCUGAAAUGUUUGUGGAUGAAGCUGAAAUUACUGCUGAUAAGAAAGAGGCUGUCAUUCUACUUGAUUGUUGUGUUGAAGAAACAACUAAAUUAACUCGAGGCAUUACUGGCGACAUUUCGUUUGGAAUUGAAGCCUUUGCUAAAAAUGCAGUUGAAACACAUGAAAUUGUUGAUGAUGAGGAUGAGAUUAUCACUACAGGUGUUUAUGAAGAAAAUGUAGAAUUAACUGAAUCUGUAAUUGGAGAAGCUGUUGUAACUGCAGAAACCUUCGUUAAAGAUAUUGUUGGAUCAACUGAAUAUGUAACUCAAGAGCUUCAGUUUACUGCUGAAGCUUCUAUUAAUGAACUUAUGGAAUCAGCUGAUUCUGUUAUUGAAGAUGGAGAGACUGCAGUCAAGCUUGAAACUCCAGUGGAAGAGAUUGACAAACCAUUUGAAGCUCUCAUUGAAAAGGAUUCAAUUAUAACCGAAAUGUCUGCCGAAGAAAUUUUGAAAUUGACUCUACCAAUUGUUAAAGGGGAAGGUGUUGCAAUUAAAAUGGAGGAUUCCAUUGAAGUUUCUGCUGUAGAGGUUGUGGAAUCAGCUGGAACUGUUUUUAAGGAACUUUCAAAUACAGUAGAAGCUCCAACUGAAGAGAUUGUUGAACUGUUUGGAACAGCAGGUGAAAAAGUAGGGUUUGCAGUUACAUAUGAUGGCUUUGUUGAAGAGAGAAUUGAAACAAUCGAUGGCAGUGCAGAAAUAUUUGGAUUUUCAACUGAAAUGCCUGCUAAGGAGACUGGAAGCGGUGUCGAGACCAAACAGAUGGGUCUUACCUCUGAAAUUUUUGGCAAGGCAUUUGUUGAAGGAACUGGAGCCAUAAUAGAUAUGUUUACAGAAGUCUUUGAAGAGUUUGUUGAACCAUCUGAAAAUAUAACUGAAAAAGUUCUAAUUAUUCCUGCAACUUCUGUUGGUGAACAUGCUGAACCAACUGGAAAUGUUUCAGAGGAAGAUGAGUUUGUGAUAAAAGAAGAAGUUUCUGUUGAAAUUGCUGAAUUAUUCAAAACUGUCACUGAAGAGGGCACAGUUGAAACUUCUGAGACAAAUUUAAAGGAAUUAGUUGGCACAAGCGUUGAGAAGGUAGAUGAUUUUAUUACCCCAGAAAGUGUUGUUGAGGUUGAGUCAACUGGAGGUAUUCUGGAAGAUUUAGGAAGCCCAUCUAAAGCUGAAGAGGUUGUGAGAUUACCAGUAUCUGUUGUAGAGGAAAAAGAGGUUGCAAUUACCAAUGAUGAUUUUGAUGAAGUUAUAGAGUUAGCUGAAGCUGUUGUUGGUGAAGUUCCAGUUAUCUUUGAAGCCAUUGUCGGAGAUAUGGUGGAAUCAAUUGAAGAUAUUGGAAUUGCACUUGAAGCUUUUGUUAGUGAUUUUGAAUCAGUAGAUAGUAUGGAGGAAGACACUGUUGCCAUUUUAGUUGACACUAAUAUUCAAGAGAUUGUUAAAUCUAAAGAAGUUACAAUUACAACUGAGGCGGCGGUGCAAGAGACUGAAGCUUUGCCAUUAUCAGUAAUUGAAGAAAUUGAAGUUGCCAUAGGAUUCAAAAUGGAAAACAACAUUGAAUCCAAACAAGAAACUAUUUUAGAAGCUGGAAUUGAAUCUGAUGUAGAAGAGGUUGCAGUCAUAUUGGAAAGGGCUUUGAAAAUUGGUGACAGUGCAGUUAGUGUUGCAGAAGAAACUGAAAUCUUAUUGGAUGUGGGUAAUGUUUCUGACUUCAUUGAAGAGGAGACUAAAAUUAUUCCAGGAAAAUUAGUAGGUGAAAUUCCACUUGAUGAUGUGAAGGAGAUGGAGGUAUUAGGAUCUGUUUUGGAAGAAGGUAAACUGGCAUCUCCUGCUGUUUUGGGAGAAGAUUUUGAGUCUUUGGAAAGUAUUGUAAUGAUACCAGAAAUUAUAUUGGAAGAGUCUGAAAUAUUCCCAUAUGCUGUUAAGAAAGAGGGUGAAGUCCUACUAGAACCUCUGUCAGUAGAUGAGGAAAUUACAUCUGACACAGAUGAGGAAGAGUUUGACGGUGACAUUGCUAAGGAAGUUGUAAGAGAGAUUAAGGUUGCACCAGAAUAUAGUAUACAAGACAGUGAAAUUGUAGACAUCGUUGUGAAAGAGGUCGAGACCACUCAAACUCUCCUGGGAGAUAGUGAAAUUGCACUUGAUGUUGUAAAAGAGAUUGAAAGUCCACCAGAAGCUAGUCUGGGAGACAGUGACAUUGUUUUUGCUGUUGUGAAAGAGAUUGGAGUCACUUUGAAACCUGAGUUGAAAGAAAGGGAAAUUGUUCUUUCUGCUGUAGAGGAGGUAGAUUCCAUUUUUGAUGACAGUGAUAGAUUAUUUGAUACUGCUGUGCAGGAAAGUGUCACACCUGAAAUUGUUUUGGAAGCAGCUGCAACUAAAGAGAUGGAAAUGAUAGCUGAAGCUGUAUUUAUAGGUAGUGAAGUCGCAUCGGAAGGAAUGGAAGUAACACAAGAAUACCUUUGGGAGGAUAAUGAAUCUGUUCCUGCUAUGGAUGACAGUAUGCAGAUGGAACCAUUUAGUAUUCUAGACAAUGUAGAAAGUGCAUUUACAUCCAUAAUAGAAGAGACUGAAAAAACUACAGGUGCUGAUAUGGAAGAUGUUAACUUUGCUGCUGUACUGGAAGAUAGAAUGACACCAGUUGUUUUUGUUGAAGAAGAGAGGACCAUCAUCUCAGUUCUGGAAGAUGAAAUUACACAAGAUGUAUGGGAAGAUAACCAGAUUACACUUAACUCUGUUGUGGACAAGAUUGAAAAGAUACUGGAUUACUUUUCUUCUGAGAUAGAAAUCAUACCUGCAUCUGUACUGGAAGAUAGUGAUUGUGUUUUAUGUGCUGAUUCGGAAGAGAGUGAACUUGAACUUGCACCUGAUGCAAUUUUGAAAGAUGGAGAAAUUAGUGUUGUUUUGGAGGAAGCUGACAUUACACCUAAAGUUGUUCUGGAAGACUUUGAAAAUCUGAUUAGCAAAGAUUUUGGAGACAUUGAAAUCUCACCUGAAGCUGCCAUAGAUGCCGAAAUUGCUUUGAGCCCAGUAGAAGAGACUGGUGUAAUCCUAGAAGCCCUUGUGGAUAGUGAUGAAAUUGCCUUUGAUAUCGAAGAAGAAAUUGAAAUUACACCUGAGGCACUUUUGGAAGAUGAAAUUGCUUCUAGUGUUGUUGAAGAAGUGGGUGAAAUGAAACCAAAAAGUCGUUUGGAAGAGGAAGAAUAUGUGAUAGGUGUUGCAGAAAAGAUUGAUAUGGUUAGUGUGCCUGAAAUUAUAUUAAGUGAUGACUUUGUUUCUGAUACAUUGUGGCAAGCUAUUGGAGUCGAAUCCAUUUUGGAAAUUCAUGACACAGAAUCUGAUGAUGGAGAACAGAUUAAAAUUACUCCUGAAGCAAUUUUGGCGGAUGAAAAAAACACUGCUGCUGCCGAAGAGACCGAGGUUACACCAGAAGCCAUUUUGGAAGGUGGUGAAAUUGCUUCUGAUGUCGUGGAGGAAAUUAGAAUUGUACCAGAACGUGUUGUGGAACUUGGUGAACUGGCUGCUAGUAUUGUUUUUGAGAAGAUUGACAUUUUACCCAGUUCUGUUUUGGAAACUGCAGAAGAUAUUUUGUAUACUUUUGACGGGGAAAUUAGAAUCACACCUCAAGAUCUUUUAGAAGAAAGUGACAGUGCUGCAGAGGCCAUUUUGAAAGAUACUGUAAUUUCAUAUUCAGCUGCCUCAGGAGCUGUUAAAAUACCUGUUGGAACUGUUACAGAAAAGAUUGAUAUAACAGAAGUUGUUGAGGUACCUAUUGGAACAGUUACAGAUGAGACAGAUAAAACACCAGAAGCUGUGUUGUGUGUUGAAACUGUUACAGAAGAGAGUGAUAUAACAACAGAAAUUGAGUUACCUGUUGGAAUUGUUUCAGAAGAGAUUGAUGUAACACCAGUAGCUGAUGAAUUACCUGUUGUUAUAGUUACAGAGGAGAUUGAAAUAACAGCAGAAUUUGUUGAGAUACAUAUUGGAACUGUUACAAAAGAUUUUGAUAUCACACCAGAAGCUACCGAAUUACGCGCUAGAACUGUUACAGAAGAGACUGAUAUAACAUCAGAAUCUGCAGAAUUACCUAUUGGAACUGUUCCUGAAGAUAUUGAUAUAACAACAGAAGCUGUUGAGGUACUUGUUGGAACAGCAUCAGAAGAGAUGGCUAUAACAUCGGAAGUUGUUGAGGUACUUUUCGGAACUGUAACAGAAGAGAUAGAUAUAACACCAGAAGCUGCUGACAUACCUGUUGGGUCCAUUCCAGAAGAAAUUUAUUUAACACCAGUAACUGACGAGUUACCUGUUGGAACUGCUACAGAAGAGAUUGAUUUAACAUCAGAAGUUUUUGAGGUACCUGUUGGUACUGCUAUAGAAAAGAGAGAUACGACACCAAAAGCUGCUGAGUUACUCGUUGAAACUGUUACAGAAGAGAUUGAUAUAACAGAAGUUGAGGUACUUGUUGAAACUGUUGCAAAUGAGAUUGAUAUAACACCAGGAGUUUGUUGA